CGAGUUAAAAGAGAAGUGCUUACUCGUAUUUGUAUAAUUAUUUCAUUGGGAACUAAUGUUAUCGCUUUUGUUGACACCUUAGAUGAAUAUCUCUUCAAGGAGCUGCUAUCUCAUUAUGAAGAAGACGAAGUCUCACAUAGAACACGUCGUGAGGCCACAGAUGCCAACGAGUGUUCUAAGCGUAAUUGGAAAAAGGAUAUGCAGUGUUGUAAGGGAGGUAAUGUGAACGGUGAUCAGUUGGAACUCUUUAAGAGCGUGAAGAAACAAUGCAUUGCCGAUUUGAAAGGCGAACCUGCUGAUGACGCAGUAGAUCCCUUCGAUUGUGAAAAGAUGCAACAAGUUAAAGAAAAAAUGAUUUGUAUAACCGAAUGCGUAGCGAAAAGUUUUAAAAGUCUCGAUGAGCAUGGCGAGCUACAACGUGAGGCUAUUUUAGAGGGGUUGCGAGCACAAAUUGGUACGGUACAAUGGAAGGUCGAUGCGAUUGAAGACUAUGUGGACACCUGCUUGGCUGAGGUGAAGGAGAAGCGUGAACGAAAACAAAAGGCGGGUGAAUUGAAGGAGGAGGGUUGUAGUCGUUCGCCUUUGGCUUUCCAUAGUUGUAUGUGGCGUCAGUUUUGGAAUGGUUGCCCGGCAGAUUUACGUGUCGACUCACCAAAGUGCAACAAAUUGCGUGAACGCGUGGCCAAUGGUGAUACACGCUUCUUUGGGAAACACUUCCUUCACAAAUACUACCCUAAUCCACGCGAUGAAGAGUAAAAUGAUUAAACGAAAUGCCUUUUUUAUUUUACAGCAAAUUUUCUUUUAUUGAAAAUAUAUGAAUAAAGUUAUUGGAAGCAAUUAAAAGUGCAAUGGAAACCAUUUUUAUCCAUUGCAAUCAUUUUUAAAGGCUUUCAGCAGCAACACACA